UUAAGCAACAGAGCGUCAGUGUGUGUGUGUGUGUGUGUGUCUAUGGUCUAUGGGACGCUUCACAGAUCUUCUUUUCUCCAAGAUCUCCAGCGGCAGAAGCUCAUCCACGCUGACAGUUAUGCCCGCCUCCUGCGCCCCGUCCUCCGGCUGGAUCCUCUGCGCGGUGCUGCUCUCCUCGGCUCUCCUCUGGAGCCCGACUGAGUCCAAGCGCAACCGCGGAGCCAUCCCGCAUCCAGACAAAAACACCCCGAACGAGUCCUCCCGGAGCCCGCAGCAGCAGGAGUCCGCGCCCGCGUCCGGUUCCAGAGCCCGCGGCAGGGGCUCGGAGGAGGUGUUGGAAUCCAGCCAAGAGGCGCUGCAUGUGACCGAGCGCCGGUACCUGAAGCGGGACUGGUGCAAAACACAGCCCCUGAAACAGACCAUCCACGAGGAGGGAUGCAUCAGCAGGACCAUCAUCAACCGCUUCUGCUACGGCCAGUGCAACUCCUUCUACAUCCCGCGGCACGUGCGCCGGGAGGAGGGCGCCUUCCAGUCCUGCUCCUUCUGCAAACCCAAGCGCUUCACCACCAUGAGCUUCACCCUCAGCUGCCCGGACCAGCAGCCGCCCACCCGCAAGAAGAGGGUGCAGAGGGUCAAGCAGUGCCGCUGCAUCUCCAUCGAGCUGGACUAGAGCUGGAUAAACAGCCCCAGGAGGAGCUCACGGGGACCGGGAUGCUGAAGGACGGAUGACCGGCCGUGGAGAGGAUGCGGUCGGCGAAAAACGUGCAAACAAAUACGCUUUUUACCCUUAACCCGCUUGAACUGAUGGGUAUCUCCAUUUUAAAAUACGCGAUCAUCAAUAUUUGUCACCAUUCACAUGAAAAUAUACGAUUUUAACCCUUAAAACUGUUGGAUUUUUCCAUAUUCUCUGUCUCCAUCCACAUGCACAAACGCCUUUUACCCUUAAACUACUUAAACGGUUGGGUUUCUCCAUAUUAGAUUAUGCGGAAUCUGUCACCAUUUACAUGCAGAAAUACGCCUGUUAACCCUUUAAUUGCUUAAACUGUUGAGUUUGUCCAUAUUAGAUGACAUGAUCAUCGAAAUCUGUCUCCACACAUAUGCAAAAACACGCUUUUUAACCCUUAACCCACUUAAAUUGUGGCUUAUUCAUGUUAUCUGUCACCAUCCACGAGGAAAAAUUAGCUUGUUAAUCCCUAACCUACAUAUUAUUUGACACCAUCCAAAUGCAGAAGUACUAUAGUAACAUUUAGUAAAUAUUGUAAAAAAGGUGUCGACAACCCAACAUUUAUUUAAUAUUUUCAAUUAGAAUUGAACCACUUUUUAACCCUUAACCGACUUAAACUGUUGGGUUUCUUCAUGUUAUCUCUCAACAAUGUCCAUGCUAAAAAUACGCUUUUAACCCUUAACCCCCUUAAACUGUUCAGAAGUUACUUUAAGUAAUGCAACUAUAACAAUUCUGGGUUGUCAUAACAAUAUUGGGUUAAAUUACGCUUUUUUAUUUACCCUUACACCACUUAAAUUGUUGGGUUUCUCCAUGUGCUGUCACCAUCCACAUGCAGACGUAAUUCUAGUAAACACUGUAACACAAAAAAAGCUGUGUUGUCAUAAUCUAAUGUUGGGUCAAAUAUGGACAAACCCAAAGUUGGAUUCAUUUGUUAAAUCAAAUAUAAAUUACACCUUUUAACCCUUUAACUACUUAAACUAAACUACUAUAGUAACUUUUAGUAAGUAAUGUAACCCUAUAAAAAUACUGGGUUGUCAUGAACCAAUGUUGGGUCAAAUCUGAAAAACCCCCCAUGUUAAAUUAAUUUUAGCACUCAAAUUUAAAUGAUGCUUUUUAACCCUUAAUCUACUGUUGGGUUUGUCCAUAUUAUCACAAUCACCAGCAUCUGUCACCAUCCACAUCAAAAAAAUAUUAUAGUAACUAGUUGUCAUAACCCAAUGUUGGGUCAAAUAUAGACACACAAGGUUGGAGUCAUUUAUCAAUCAUAUUUAAAUGACGGGUUUUUAACCCUUAAACCACCUACACUGUGGGCUUUCUCCAUAUUAUCUGUCACCAUCCACAUGCAAUAGUUACAUUUAGUAAAUAAUGUAACACCAUAAAGAAAUGGUGUUUUCAUAACCCAAUGUUGGGUCAAAUAACCCAACGUUAGAUACAUUUUUUCAAUGACAUAUAAAUUAUGCUUUUUAACCCUUAAACUACUUAAACUGCACUACUAUAGUAACUUUUAGUAAGUCAUGUAACCCAAUGUUGGGUCAAAUCUGGAAAACCCCCCAUGUUAAAUUCAUUUUAGCACUCAAAUGUAAAUGAUGCUUUUUAACCCUUAAUCUACUGUUGGGUUUGUCCAUAUUAUCGCAAUCACCAGCAUCUGUCACCAUCCACAUCAAAAAAUAUUAUAGUAACUUGUUGUCAUAACCCAAUGUUGGGUCAAAUAUAGACACACAAGGUUGGAGUCAUUUAUCAAUCAUAUUUAAAUGACAGGGUUUUAACCCUUAAACCACCUACACUGUGGGCUUUCUCCAUAUUAUCUGUCACCAUCCACAUGCAAUAGUAACAUUUAGUAAAUAAUGUAACACCAUAAAGAAAUGGUGUUUUCAUAACCCAAUGUUGGGUCAGAUACAUUUUUAAAUGACAUAUAAAUUAUGCUUUUUAACCCUUAAACCACUUAAACUGUUGUGUUUCUCCAUUAUCUGUCACAAUCCACAUGCGAAAAUACUACACAGUACAGUGUCUUGUCGUAACCCAAUGUUGGGUCAAAUGUUGGGUUAAAAAGGGCAUUUAAAAUGCAAUUGAAAAAAUAAAUCCAACAUUGUUUUUGUCAAUUUUGACCCAUCUUUGGUUACAAACAAACAACCCAUAACCGCAGACAUUUGCAUCCUGUCAGAUUUAUCCUAAAUGGCCUGUUGGCGAAGCCUCCUGCAUGUGAUUAGUCCAGCUCCAGAGGAAUGCUCUGACAUAUAUAAGGUGUUCUCUGUGUGCUGUAAUGGUGACAGAUGCAGAAGAUCAAGCCUUCAUUCAUCUCCACUGUAGAUCUAGGAACGGUUAAGGGCCGAUAGUUUCCACUAUGUGGAACGGAUUUAUUUAAUGUGACUGAACGAGACACUGUUAUUCAUGUUUCUGCUGCGUUUCCUCAUGCUAAUCUUCUAUUUAUGAUCUCAGUCAUCAAGAUUAUAUCCGCUGCUGUACAGAUGUUGUGUGUAGAGGCUUGUAUGAAGAUGUUAAAGGCCUGUGGAAAGAUCCUAUUAAUAAAAGGUCAAA